AUGAGUGUCGACCUCGAACAAGACUCCCCGCAAGCCGAACGAUUUCGUCGUAAUCAGCAAGAAUUCCAAGCUUAUCUUCCUUUGACCGAGCGCGUUCAGCAGGCCGUCCAUCAAGAUGCCGACGAGCUACGUGCGCAAGAAGGCUGGGAUCGUAUCACUCAACUGGGUGUGGAUGAAUGGCUAGAUGAUCAAUCGUCGAUAUACCGUGCUCUACGGAGAAAUCGAUAUGAUCCUGUCAAGGCCCAAGACUUUCUAUUCCAAGUCCUGCAAACUCGGAUCUCUCGCUCAUUACAUGGUCGAAUACCAGACUAUCCACCUUACUCUCAAUCAAGCUUAUUUUAUAUUUUACCUUUACCGAAGUUCACAGACCGUCUCAAUCGACCAGUGGCGGUCUUGACCCUCAAGCAAGUCGUAAGGGACGGAGAUGGUAGACUGGACGAUUUGAAGGCGAUGGUGUGGUGGGCAUUGGAGAUGAUCAGACGGACUCUGCGAGAUUGGUGGACCAAAGAUAUCUUUCAAAGUACAGAUAAAGGUAAAGAAAAACGUCGGCGGCGCGGUGCGGAAGGAUGUGUUUUAUUGGUUGAUGCAGCCGGAGCUGGGUAUCGAAAUCUAGAAGUUGAGCUUCUCCCUACUCUUCUCUCAGUCGGACAUAACAAUUUUCCCGGAAUGUUCGAAGGUGUUUUCGUCGUCAAUGCUGGCUGGACCCAUCGUAGUAUGUGGAGUGUCAUCAAAAGGGUAUUGCCUCGGUCUGCUCUUGACAAAAUUCUCUUCCUUGAUGGUCCCGCCAGGACUGAAGAGAUUUUUGACCUGGAUCGAUUACCCACACUGUAUGGAGGAAGAGCUGUAUACGCUUUCAACCCAUCUAAUAAUCCAAUACUCGAACGAUAUUCCACUUGCGCCGCAUAUGAACAAGACUCGGUGAUACCACCCCAACGUUCCGCAUCGUGUUCCACCAUUGCCGACGUAUAUCAUACUGCACAAAACUCACCAGCACAAAGUCGUUCAGCCAGUCGUAGACAAAGCAUGUCCACUGGGCAUGUCCCAUUACUCAACAAACUUCGUAUCUCUCAAUGUCCUAAAUCAGAACUCGAAGCCGGUGAAUCGAGUAUCUCUCAAGGAUCCAGUGAACUAUCCUCCAGUUCUCACCCAGAUGCACCUACGACUCCGGUCAAAUCACAUGUUUCUCGAAUAAAAUCACUCACCGACUUUCAUCUCUAUCUUUCCCCGUCAAGACUUGCAAACAUCGAUAUCUUGACAGAUUCCGAUGCGGAUGAUAUACCACCAUUACCUAAACCUAAAAAGGCAUUACGUCCAGCCAUGUUGGAACCUAACAUCAGAGAGAGACUUCAAGAUUUAGCCAGCAGACGAGAUAGACCUCCGUUACGGUUACAAGGUAUAUCGGGUCAACCGUCAACAAGAGGCGGUCAAGUUCGCACAUACUCGGAUUUUCUGCAGCGACAUCAUGCUCAAGCGAUGAGCAAGUAUAAUACUUCUCCUUCGCAUCUACGAACCUCAUCAUCAGCUCCACCGAAUAAAUCUUCAUCACAACAAUCUUUUUCUUCACUUACCAUUGGCGGGACACCACCAGUGGGUUCUGAUCCUGCUGGACAAUCAGUAGUAGGACAAGAAGUACCCGCUUUUGCCAAUUCAAAUCCUUGGUUUGGUUAUCCAGCAGUCCGAGUUCCCGAUCCUGACAGACCGGGUCAUACAACACUUCGUCCUCGUUAUUCUCGUAAUCGUAAACGUGAUCUCCUCAAAACACUCCUUUUCCUCUUCCUUCUCAGAUUACAAUCAUGGCGUGACUCUCUCGAGCGGUUCAUCGGAUUAGACAGGUUAGGUCUUUGGUCAGUUGGAAGAAGAGAACUGCUGGCCCCCGCCAGAAACCCGAGCGAGGGGUUGAUACAGGAUGCCAGAAGACGUGCGGCGUUAUCAAGAGGAGAAAUCGUACAUGCAAAGGAAAAAGAUUGGGUUUGGAUGAUUGUGACUUUCUUAUUGUUAAGAGGAACUUGGAUGAAGUUAUUAACUACCCCGUUGGAAAUGUUGGGAUUAGAAAGUGUUAAGAAUAUCUUUGGACUCAUUUGA